AUGCACGAGAAGUUCAAGACUUCGAAUUCAUGCCUGUUCAAGCGAGAACAGGAGUGGGCGGAUGAGCAGGAUGCCCGCGACCCAAGUAAACGGGCUCACCACCGUCUUCGUGUAGCCAUCGGCAUCAGCGGCUGGCUAAGCUCUUCGGCCGAUGUCUACCAACCAUGGGAGGUUAUCGACGCUGAGACCACAGAACCGUUCGCCUUACGAUUCGAGCUUGACGCCAUGCUCCGUCUUGGCAAUUCUCUGCAGGAAGUGCUGUUCAACUAUGCAUGGGAUGGCCUGACAUACACUGUUGUGAGCCGCACGUUACUCGGAGCACUGUACGCUGGUCUUUGGCCGCUUGGACUUAUCAAAGUCGCCAGUGUUCUUGACAAUCCUUUCAGUGUUGCUCUUGCGCGAGCAGAUAAGGCUGGAAAGGUACUGGCGCAUGCGCUCAUCGAUGGCGUGCAAGGCAAACGACCCGUGACCCUCAUUGGCUUUUCUGUUGGCGCGCGCGUCAUUCAUGCGUGUCUUAUCGAGCUCGCGGAGCAGCAUGCUUUUGGACUCGUUGAGUCGGUCGUGUUGAUGGGUACACCGGCACCAUCCAACAGCGAGCAGUGGAGACAGAUUCGAUCUGUCGUCGCCGCUCGCGUAGUGAAUGUUUACAGCACAGAGGACUAUGUUCUUGGGUAUCUUUAUCGAUCGACUAAGCUUGAGUUUGGUGUCUCGGGUCUUGAAGCGGUUCGAGACGUGCAUGGCAUUGAGAACAUCGACAUGAGCAAGCUCGUAAGUGGUCACGACCGCUACAAGUACCUGGCUGGCAAGAUCCUCGUCAACAUCGGGUUUGGCGAUGUGAAUUUUGACAAAGUUGCGGAGCAAGAACAGGCCCUGGAAGCUGCGGAGAGAAAGAAGCAACACGUUAAGGAAGAAGCAAAGAAGAGAGUCGAAUCGGAGAUAAUAUUCGAGCCUAGCUUCCCGACAGCCUCCGCCAUGAAGAAACAGCAGAUGCCAUCGAAGCAAAUAUCAGAACCGUCAGCACAAGCGCAACCAUUGCGAGUUCCAAAGCCCAUACGGGUUGAUAGCGUUGAUGGCCCCAUCAGGCUGAUCGACUCGACGCCGGCCGCAUCUUCGAACAACGUUUCGAGGGGUGCACAAAAGCCUGCAACUGCGGUCACUGUCACUGAGGUUCCUGUCCAACACGAUGAUGCGGAAAGUGAGAUGGACUUUUGCGAAGACGACGAAAGCGAGAUUGGCAGCGAAUUUGGCGAGUUAUCGAUGGUCGAGCCUGUGCCGCUUGAUGAUUUCGACUACGGAUUGAUGUGA